AUGGUCGAGGGCGGGACGACGGGGCCGGGGUGCGACCAUUGGCGCACGUUCCGCUACCUCGUGUCCUGCGCCAGCUACAGCAACACCUCCAGCUCGCUGCUCUGGGGUCCGGACGUUCACUGCCGGUUCGGUGACGGCCACGUGCGCUCGGACCCGCUCUCGAGCGAGCUCCGCACCGUGGGACCGCUCGCGGCCGGUGCGGGCCCCACUCCACCCCCGGCGCGCCUCUACCGGGCCGUCACCGAGUGCUACCAGACGUUCAAGUGCGGCCUACGCUCGCUCGGGGCGACCUCCUCCGAGGUGCGAUGGAACGACGCCCUGUACGAGUGUGGUCCGGAACCGAGCGCCCUCUUCGACGGCUGGCAGGGGGCGGCGGCGGCCAGUAACGCCUGUAACGCCACGGCCACGCACAACGUCACGCUGGUCGGGCGCCACGUGCUCCAGCCGGUGUCGGAGCUUCUGGUGUCGCUGCCCAAGCUGCUACUGCUGCAUGCCGGGGGCGAAAGCGACCGGCACCACCCAGGGGACGUGCUGCGGUUGUCCUGGAACGGUAGUGAACAGCCGCAGUAUCGGCUCGUGUGCGGGAACGCGUCCUCCGCCGAUGGUUCGUUUUUCGAGAACGACGCGUUCGAGCUGGUGAACGCGUCCCUGCUCGAGCCGAUCCAGUGCUGGAUGGACGUGCAGCUCCAGACGGCACUCGUGGGCCAGUGGCAGAGCGGGGUGGAGCAGGCGGUGGCCGCGCUGGCCGGCUGGAACCAGACGCUGCUCGCCGACGAGCUGCAGGAGAUGGGCGCGGCGGUGGCGACGGCCGUCGAUGGGGACGCGGCCGGCCGCUACGACUGGAGCUUCCUGUUUGUCAUCCUGUUCAUCUUCGCCGGCGGGCUGGGCAACAUUCUCGUCUGCCUGGCGGUGGCACUCGACCGGAAGCUGCAGAACGUCACCAACUACUUCCUGCUGUCGCUCGCCAUCGCCGAUCUGCUCGUCAGCCUGUUCGUGAUGCCACUCGGCGCCAUCCCAGGGUUUCUCGGCUACUGGCCGUUCGGAGUCACGUGGUGCAAUAUUUACGUUACAUGCGACGUGCUGGCCUGCUCCGCGAGUAUCCUGCACAUGUGCUUCAUCAGUCUCGGGCGCUACCUCGGCAUCCGGAACCCGCUCGGCAGCCGGCAUCACUCAACCAAGCGGCUGACGGGAAUCAAGAUUGCGCUGGUCUGGCUGCUGGCGAUGCUCGUUUCGAGCUCCAUCACGGUCCUCGGUAUGAUCAACCGGAACAACAUUAUGCCCGGCCCGAACGAGUGCGUCAUCAACAAUCGGGCGUUCUUUGUGUUCGGUUCGCUGGUGGCGUUCUACAUCCCCAUGGUGAUGAUGGUGGUAACGUACGCCCUGACCGUGCAGCUCCUGCGGAAGAAGGCUCGCUUCCUCGAGCAGCAUCCGGAGGGCGAAUUGUUCCGAAGACUGGGAGGACGGUUAGCGUCCUCGAAACACUCCAACAACUCUCAAAGCGACGGCUCGUCGACGUCCAACAAGGCGGUCGAGAUGAAGAAAUUUACCGUCAACAACAACAAGCAGCAGCCGUACGGCCAGCAACACGACUCGUCGCCUCCGCCAUCGAUGUCCUCCGGACCGGCAAGGCACAGCGCCAUCCCGUGGCGGUGGCACGGUACUACCAGCAGCAAAAUGGACAGAAUGAGCUCCAUCAAGGGCAGCAUGUCACAUCCGCACCUCGGCUACACCAACGGUGGUGGUGCCCGCACCAUCGGAGGUGGAGGAAAACGGUCGCGAACCAUCGUCUGCGACCAGGGCACCCAGACGCCGGACAGCAUCGAGCGGGAAACGCGACGCCAGAAGUUCUGCUCCUUCCGGAUACACCUCAACAGCGUGCCGACGCCAGCGAUAAAUUUUAAUUUGAAAUUUCUCGGCAGCAAAAAGCGCACCAACCUAUCGGCGAACGCGGUCGCAACCGAGCAGAAGGCCACGAAGGUACUCGGGCUGGUGUUUUUCACGUUCGUCUUCUGCUGGGCGCCCUUCUUCAUACUGAACAUCAUCUUUGCCGCGUGGCCCGAGGCGAAAGUACCUGAGCGCAUCGUCAGCAUCUGUCUCUGGCUGGGCUACGUUUCGUCGACGAUAAAUCCCAUCAUCUACACGAUCUUCAACAAAACGUUCCGGGCGGCCUUCAUCCGGUUGCUGCGCUGCCGAUGCGAACGCUCCGGACGACCGCCACGAUAUCGUUCGGUCACCGACAGCCGAGGUGCCAUCAGUCUCUGCACACCGUCUGCCCUACCGUUGGCCAUCUCGCUGCAGGGUUCGUCGCUGCUGACCCCUUCCACGACGCAGGCGACACCGCUCAGCGACUUCCGAGGAAGUUACGAAAUUACGGACGACGACUGCUGAACCGCUCGGGGAUGGCACUUCAUCCGAUAGCUGCGCCAUCCGGUUCCCCAGGUCGGGGUCGUGAUCCGGACAGGCGCACCGUCUCCUAUCUUAGUACUUAGUGGUAUCGACGCUCGUAUUAGCGUCCGGCACGCAAUCUCGUACAAAUGUGCACUCAUCCCCGCACUGCAACCUCCCCACCCGUCCCUUGGCGAUGGCCGGAGCGCCGUCCUUCCUACCGAUAGCAGCUGUACUUACCGAUGGACGGCAAUUACAAUCAACUAGGAUACCGUAAACUGUAGCCCGCUAAAACGGACACCCGGAUUAAUCGAUAGCGAAGUGAAAAUGACAGUAUUUUGUAAGGCAAUGAGAGCGAUUAGCGAUGUUGAAAACUGUGC